AUGCAAGAUUAUAAUUCAGAUUUAGUAAUUAGAAGUUGUUUUAAAUUAGAUAAUGUAAAAAUUCAAGAGUAUCAAAAUCAAGAAAAUUUAAAAUUAAAUGAAAAUAAUUCAGAAUUUGAAAAAAUUCAAUCAAAAGAUAUUAAAGAUCAUAUUAUAAAUAAUUUAGAUUGGAGAUUUUUACAUGGUAAAUGGAGAUGUGUAGAUUCAUUUUCAGAAUAUCAUGAUGAUAAUUUUAAUACAUUUGGUGGUUCAUUAGGUGAAUUCAUAAUGGCAUUGCAUGUUUUCACUGAUAACACAAAUCAAAUUAUUGAUUCUGAUUCAAAAAUUAUUUAUGAAUUAAUGUUUAAAUUUUUAAAAUUAAAUCCAGAGAAAUAUUUAAUUUAUCAUUCAAAUUUUAAUACAUUUGAAAAAUUAAAAAAAACAAUAUUUGGUAUUUAUCCGGAUAUGGAUGAAAAGUAUUUUGAUAUUUAUCAUAUUAAAAAACAACAUCAAUCACAAAUACUUGAAUUAGUUGUUAGGGAUGAAUUCAUUGGUUGUGAAUUUAUUAAACAAAUUAUAUUAGGAAAUAAAAAAAGUUUAGGAAUUUCACCAAAAUCAAUUUCACCAAUUUUAGUUAAAAAUAUAAUUCAAUCAUUUUUUAAAAUUAUUUGGAAUGAAAAAGUUAAAAUUUCAAAUGCAUUAUUUGAAAUUGAUUUCCAUAAUGAUAUGGUCGCAAUUUUAAAUAUUAAUAUUAAUCCACCAUUUAUAUGUGGUGGACCAGAAAUUUAUCCAACAUUUACUCAAGAAUUAUUUAAUGAUUCUCAUAUGAAUUAUAUGGUUAUUCAAGGGGAACAUCAAGUUAUAACUGGAAUUAGAAAAUCAUUAUCACAAUAUUUUCAUGAUGAAUUUCAUUGUGAUGAUCAUCAUAAAGUUGAACAUCGUAAUAAGAUUGAAAUCUCAUUUAAAGAUUAUCUUAAUAAUUUAAAUCUUGUUGCAAAUCUUUAUAAAGAAGUCUCAUUAAAUCUUUAUAAAACAUUACCAAUUUUUAAUGUUACUUUUAAUAUAUUAAUACCAGACUCACCACCAAAAAUUAAUAAACAAGUAAUUCCAAUUGAUAAUAAUAACAAUAAAAAUAUUAGUAAUAAUACAAAUAGUAGUAAUAAUACAAAUAGUAAUAAUAAUAAUAAUUCAACACCAAAUAAUUUACAAGUUAAAAAAAGUAAAGUUCAAUCAUUUUUCAAGGGAAUAUUUAUUUUUUUAGGUAUUGGUGUAACAUUUGCUGUAAUUAUAUUUGGAUUAUUAUCAUAUAAAAAGAAAAAAGAAAAAUAUAGAUAUCAUACAAAAUUACAACAAGAAAAAGUUUUCUCUUUAGAAGAAGAUAUUGAAAAUGAAUUUGAUCUUUAA